AUGGAUUUGUGGCACCCUGCUGGCAUCUUAGUUGAAAAAUAUGGUUAUAGAGUUGUUUAUGAUGCUCAAAGCAGUGUGGAAGCUAAGCUUUCUUUUGUUAUACACAAUGGAGAAUGGUUAUGGAAGCCUGCUAGAUCUGAAGCUUUGGUGGAAAUUCAAGCAGGACUUUCUGAAAUCAGUUUGGGUCAUGUUGAUCAGCCUAUUUGGACUGCUUCAAGGAAUGGUUUCUUUGUUAGUUCAGAUACUUGGGAGGCUCUUAGGGAGAAAAAUGAACUGAUUGAUUGGUGGAAGUUGGUUUGGUUUCCCCUUGCUAUUCCUAAGCAAGCAUUUAUCUUAUGGCUUGCUGUGAAGGGGAGGCUUGAUACAGGAGAUCGGUUGCUGACAAGGGGAUACAAAGGAGAUGUCAAUUGUGUUUUCUGCAGGGAUCAAUUGGAAAGCCGUGAUCAUCUUUUUUUUGAAGGUAGCUUCAGUUAUAGAAUAUGGAGGUUCUGUUUGUCUAGAUGCAGAAUAGCUAAUUCUCCUAUAAUAUGGGAGGAGGUUUUGCAAAUGGGAUGCAGUGAAUGGGGUAAUAAAACCUUUAAAGUUGUGCCUGGUCGUUUGGCUUUGGGGUCUACUGUCUACAACAUCUGGUGCAAUAGAAAUGAAAUCAAGCAUGCAGGACAUCCCAAAACAGAGGAGCAAUUGUUGAAGAAAAUUCUGUGGGAAGUCAGAACCAGAGUAAUUGGAAAAGGGUAG